AGUCGGCCCCGGCCGCCGCCGGCGGCCAGUGGGCCCUCGACGAGCAUGGCGGACACCGGGCGGCGGUCGCCGCUACUACUGCUGCUGCUGCACGUGGGCACCGCGGUGGCCGAACUGCAUCGCGCCAAGUACCAGCGGCCGUUCCCGCGCGCCGACGAGACGGCCGCGCCGCCGGCCGACAUGCUGGACACGCUGGCGGCACUGUACGCGCGUCACGAGCCCUGGGUACUCUCGGUGGCCGGCGCCGCGCUGGUGGGCUUCAGCGGCGUGCUGCCUCUGCUCGUCAUCCCGCUGGAGACCGGCGCCCGUCUCAAGGAGCGAGAUGGCGAGAGGCGGCUGCGGCUGCUGCUUAGCUUCGCAACUGGCGGGCUGGUGGGUGAUGUCUUCCUCCACCUGCUGCCGGAAGCCAUGCGGCACGCGCACAGCGAGGCCGAGCAGAUCCGAGUCGGCCUCUGGGUCAUCGCCGGCGUGUUCUUCUUCGUCCUGCUCGAGAUGGUGUUCAACCAGAGCCUGCAAGAGGAGCCGACGCCGGAGCCGCGGGAGCAGGCCGCCGCGGCGCCGCAGCCGGCGGCCGGCGGCGCCGACCUGCGCAGACGCCACCUGGCGGCCGGCGACCACAGCGCCACUAACGGCAGUGCCAAGGGCGUGCCGCCGCCGCCGCCGCCAGUCGACCGGCCGCCGGUCAGGCAGGUGGCAGGCUACCUGAACCUGCUAGCCAACAGCGUGGACAACUUCACGCACGGACUGGCCAUCGGCGGCAGCUUCCUGGCCAGCACGCGCAUAGGCUUGCUGACCACCUUCGCCAUCCUGAUCCACGAGAUACCUCACGAGGUCGGCGACUUCGCCAUCCUGCUGAAGUCAGGCUUCGGCAGGUGGGAGGCGGCCAAGGCGCAGAUGGCGACAGCCACGCUGGGCAUCACGGGCGCCAUCAGCGCCCUGCUCGCCGACGACCCUAAAGCCCUGGGUGACCGCACGGCCUGGAUCCUGCCAUUCACGGCCGGCGGCUUCAUUCACAUCGCGCUGGUGGGCGUGCUGCCCGAGGUGUGUAAGGAGCGCGAGCCGCUGCAGUGUCUGAAGCAGGGCGUCUGCCUGCUGGCGGGCGUGCUGGUCAUGCUGGCCGUCUCCGUCACGGUCGAGCACUGAACGCCGCCAGCCGCCGCUGGUGCUCGCUACGGCCGCUCAGCAGCAGCGCAAGAAACUGUGCACCCCGCCAGCAGCCCGAGCACGCCGGGCUCCGCCAGCAGACCAAACUGACCUUGGACCCGCCGGCAGCCGGGUC